AUGCCGUUUAUGGAUAUGUUCGAGCAGGAGAGUGGUCAACUGCUCAUCGACCGGCGACGACAUGCAGCACCAUUGGAACUCCUCCGCUUCUUCACGUUCCAUAGACCAAAUCCAUUCGUACAGCUAAAACUUGUGUGGGGAGACAAAGAUCUGUUUCGAUUGGCCUGGCUGAAGCUGGACGUACCGUUCUUCAUGAUCCAAAGUCCCCCAGCAGUAGCUGGAAAAGCGAUUAACGGGUCGCUUUGCGGCAUGACGAUGGUGCAGUAUGACGCUCAAGGAGAGGUCUUGUUCCUUCAUCGCAACUCGAACAAAUUGACUGGAGGCAGGAUACGCAGCCCAGCGAACGAGAAGCUCAAGGCCACUCGGAAGGAGCACAAAACGGAGAUGUCUCAACUGAACGAAGAGUCUUCACCUCGUUCCAAGUAUCAAAUCGAGACCUAUCACGUCGACGAGAUCUCAAAGGACCAAAUCUGCUACUACAUCGACUUCAGCGAACAUUUUUACGCUCAAGAGAUCGCUAACCUUAGUUUCUCCGACUUGAAGACGCACCUUCGCCGCUUUGCUAUGGACACAGGUCAGCUGCAUCAGGCCAAAGUAGAUGCGAUCGCACAAGCGCAACAGCAGCACCGCAAACCAUUCCGGUUACAAGGAGUUGGCAAUUGA